UGUCACAGAUUUCAAAAUGGCCGCUCAGAUUGUGAAAACCCGUCAGACUGCGGCCAUUAUCGAGGGGAUCCUCACAGAGGUGUUUUGUUCUGCUUAUCAAGACAGAAUCUUUGUGAUCGUUUCACAGAUAGAGAAAAUUGGAACGUUGGUUAGUGUAAAUAAGAUGUCUCCAACAGAAAGUUCACUCAAAAGAGAGGCACAGACAUUCAACACUAGAAUACUCAUGGGCAGUGACGAGGAAAUCUGGCAUGUCUAUGCAAAACAGAUCGGAGCCCUUAUCACUGAGCAUGCCAGCAAGCCAGUUCUUUUGGGUAUUGCCCUCAAGAAACAUUCACCACAGAUACUACAGCAGAUUUUAAAACUGCUUGAAACAAAUAGAGUCUGGUGAUGAAUUAUGCCUGUCUUAGACAGAAAAUGUACCUCAGAUUCUCACACAACAAUAGCAAUAGUUUACAAAUGAGUCAGAUGAGUCUCUACUGAGACAGUGAAAAGUUAAUCUCAAGCUUGUUGUUCCAUGACAUAGCUGUGAGUAUUAAAACAAGAACAUACAAUGCA